GCCCGCCGAGAGCCGCCGUCGGAGCCCCCCUCGUCGUCACCGAUGGUGCUGCCGGGCUCCUGCUGCCCCCUCCAGGGACUCGUCCCGCUGCCCCAGGCGGCGUCGGGCUCUCUGUCCGCCGCGGCCGCCGGCCUUGCGCCGCCGCGCCGCCGCCCGUCCCCGCUGGCUGCGCUGCCCGCCCGCCCGCUGCUCGGGCUGGGGCUGCUGCAGACCGGCCUGGGCUGCGCCCUGGUGGCGCUGAGCUUCGGGGCGCUGUGGCUGAGCAGCGCCCCGCAGGUGAAGAGCGCGUGUCCCCUCUGGGCCGGCUCCUCGGCAAUCUUAUGUGGAAUCUUAGGGCUAACAACAUGGAAGAGGCCAAUGAUGCUUUUGGUUAACCUGUUUAUUCUGCUGUCUAUGAUCUGUGUUCUGCUGAACUUGACUGGAUUAAUACUAGGAUGUCAAGGCAUUCAAUUUGUGUCUGGGGUACCCAGAUGCGAUUUGAUGAAUAUGGAUGAGAACAAGAUUUGUUUCUGCUGUGAAGAACUUCAUCUCACUGAAUGCACAGAAGUAGAGGCUGUAUUGAAGCUAUACCAUGUGAAGUCAUGCAGUGCUGCUCACCUUCUUCUCAAGAAAGUUCUCUUAGCUCUUAGUGUCCUGAAUGCUGUCACUGCCACAGUCUGCUUCUUAGCAGCUGCCCUGCAUUACUUACAGAUACUUGCAUCAAGAAGAUCCUGCAUAGACGAAUCUCAGAUUGAAGACCAAGAUCACAUUUUGGAUCCCGAUGAUUUUGUCCCACCUGUCCCACCUCCCUCCUAUUUUGCAACUCUUAAUUCUUGUACUCCACAAACAAGUAACAGCACACUUGUCUCUGACAUGAUUUCACUGCCCUAUAUUUAUGGAACACGAAUCAAAGGGGUUGAAGUGUUCUGCCGUCUGGACCCACCUCCACCUUAUGAAACUGCAUGGAGCUCAAACAGCUCUGAGCAGGGAGGCGCACCUCAAAUAAAUGGCAUGGAAGAUGUUGAUUCAGGGGAAGUAACUGACAGGCAGUCCUCUCAAGCUGAAGAAACUCAGGAGCCUUCCAGCAGAGUGAGUCUUUCCCCUUCAAAUGCCAGCUGUGUGCCUGCAGGAAUGAACAGCAGAGCCUUCAAUCCCUUGCGGAAACGAUCUAAAAGUGACCCUGUGCUUCUGCACUGCCAGCUGCCUCAAGGGACAGUGCUCAGCUGUGAAACUGCAACACUCAAUGACUUAAAUCCACUGAAUGCUGUCACCCUGCGUAAGAGUUCAAAAGCAAGAGCUUUGAGGGCAAGACCUCAAUCUCUGGUAGACUAUAAGUCUUACAUGGACACUAAACGGCGUGUGGCGUGGAUCCUUGAGCAGUCCUCCUGCAGCAUGAGCCCAGACAUACAUGACCUGGUGGAAAAUAUCAAAUCUGUUUUAAAAUCAGAUGAGAAACAUAUGGCAGAAGCUGUCACCAGUGCCACUUUCCUUGAGCAGGUGAUGGCACCUGCCCAGCAAGCCAUGUCAUUGAGAGUCCAUGUGUUACCUUUCAGACUGCAUCCUGGAUUGCUGUACCUGGAGAGCUGUGGUGAUCUGAGUACUUUCACCACAGAGGGAGAACAGUUGGCAGAGAGGAGAAGCCAAAGAGCAGAACAUGAACGGCCUCACAGUCUUAUUGGUGUUGUCAGGGAAACUGUACUUUGAGCUGGCUUUUUGGUUAUUCCUCAGCAGAGGACCUCUGUCAGACAUAUACAUACUGCAGAGGAAAAUAAUCUCUGGCAAGUGGGUGGAUGGGUUUGUCAAUAAUCACUUUCUUUUUUAAUACUGUCAUGCAUAGACUCCAAAGGGGAUGAUCAUUCUAAAAAACUAUUUAGCAGAUUGCAAGAUUGACCUUUUAGGGCUCUCAGUUGCAACUCAUCUGCUUGUGAUACAUCUUGUCCUGCAUUUCCAUGAAGUUUGGCAACGUGUACCUGUGGGGUAUGAUACAUCAUCAUUGGGGAAGAAGCUGUGAAAAGAAGUAUUGAAGAACUUCGCAAAUUUUUGGUACUUUGAUUUAAAUUAAAAUCUGUCGUAAAGUGCAGACCUUCAGAUAAGUAAUUUAGUAAAAAAAUGGUGUACAGGAUUCUAAAAUUAUUCUUUAUAAAAGAAGGCUGUUGUGCAAACUGUACUAAAAAUAAAAACUGUCUUGAAGAA